UCUGGCUGUUAAUAAUUCAGCCUGACGGGUUUGGAACACAGUCUCAGUUAACCCCAUGCUUCGAAAGUGUCGUGUGCCUAGUCCCGUUUUGGAAAACAUAGAAAAAAAUCAGUAGAGUUUUCAUCAAAAUUUCUUGUCGUAUUUCGUGUCUUGUGUUUCAUGUUCGUGAAUUAAGUUGUAUACUUGUCAUUGAAACGAUUGAAUCGCGAAUACGCCGUGUAUAGCGAAAGUAGCACUUAUUUGGUGAAUACGAAAUUUGCAGUCGUAACUAAAUUUGGUCCGAACAGUCGAAGUAUAGAUAAUAAUUGAGAAUUCAUAAUGAACAAACUGCGAAGCGUUCUGAAGUCAGUGGCCCAGCGUCCUCUGCCGUUCAAUGUGAUCCAAAUACGAACUGCAUGCGGUGGAGAGUCCAAGGCGGCAAAGGGUCUUGUGGUUGGAGUUUAUCAGAAAGAGAACGAUAAUGACCCCAAACUGACGCCAGCUGGCGAAAAGGUCAACGAUCGGCUGCACGGCAAGUUGCAGGAGUUGAUUUGCGAGACCAAAAUCACGGGUCAUUUGGGCAGGGGCAAGGUGUUCAACAACAUUGAUCCCGAAUUUCGCAGUAUGGCAGUGGUUGGUGUCGGCCUCGAGGGCAUCGGCUUCAACGAACUGGAAAUGCUCGAUGAGGGCAUGGAGAAUGUACGUGUGGCGGCUGGAAUUGGGGCGCGAUCAUUGCAAAAGAUUGGCGUUUCGGAGGUCUUUGUUGAUGGCAUGGACUAUGCCGAACAGGCGGCCGAGGGCGCCGUUUUGGCCAUUUGGCGGUAUUGUGACAUGAACUCCAAGAGGAAACCACCGCACAUCCCCAAGCUGGAGCUGUAUGAAUCUCCGGACUAUGAAGCUUGGACCAGGGGUGUCUUCAAGGCGGAGGCUCAGAAUUUGGCUCGCAGGAUGUGCGAUACACCUGCGUGUUGCAUGACACCAACACUGUUUGCCCAGGCCACAGUAGAUGCACUGUGUCCUUGUGGCAUCACCGUGGAAAUCCGCACCAUGGAGUGGAUUGAACAGCAGCGCCUACAUUCCUUCCUCAUGAUCGCCAAGGGCAGCUGUGAGCCACCGGUCCUGAUGGAGAUCACCUAUUGCGGCACCAAUCCAGAGGACAAGCCCAUUUUGUUCCUGGGCAAGGGCAUCACCUUCAACUCGGGCGCCAUGAAUCUGAGGCAAUGCAGGGGAAUGGAGGAGUACAGGGCUUGCAUGUCGGGAGCUGCAUCCUGUGUGGCCAUGAUGCGAUGCGUGGCGGCCCUAUCCUUGCCCAUCAAUAUCUGCUGCAUCAUUCCGCUGUGCGAGAACAUGCCAUCGGGAAUGGCCUGUAAGCCAGGCGAUGUGGUCACCCUGAUGAAUCACAAAUCGAUGGCUGUGCGAGAUCUGGACAAGGCCGGUGUGGUCGUUAUGGCUGAUCCCCUGCUCUACGGGCAGAGCACGUACAAGCCACGCUUGGUAGUCGAUGUGGCCACCUUGGGUUCGGGUGUGAAGAAGGCUUUCGGCGGCGGAGCCACCGGUAUAUUCUCCAAUUCGCAUUACAUCUGGAAGCAGUUCCAGUCCGCAGGAGCUCUGACUGGCGAUCGAGUUUGGCGUUUGCCAUUGUGGAAUUAUUAUAGGAAACAAAUCACCGAUGAAAUGGGCUAUGAUUUGAGCAAUGAUGGUCGAGGAUUGGCGAAUUCAUGUCUGGCGGCAGCGGUCCUCCACGAACUGGUACCCUGUGUGGAUUGGGCUCAUCUGGACACCCGGGGCACUGGAUUGCUGACAAAGUUUGGACUGGUACCCUAUCUCACCGCAAAGUACAUGACGGGCAGGCCAACUCGCACUCUGGUGCAGUUCCUCUACCAAAUGGCCUGUCCCGCCAACCAAAAAUGAAUUAGGAUUUAAUAUGCAGUCGGCGUAAUCCGAUCGGAAUCAAAACCGAAUUGCCUAGAAGUGCACAGCGCAGAUAUUUAUUGUCCAAUGUCAGAACGUUUUGUGAAGAUUUCUGUGGAGUGUCCAAAGUUGUCAAAUUUGUUGUGAGAUGUAUAAUAACAUAAAGUGCUUUUUAAAAUGCAA